GCCUCAAAUGGAGUUCAGGAUUUUGCUCUUGGGAUAUCUACAGUCUGGAAAAAGUUCAUCAGGAAACACCAUCCUGGGCAGAGAUGAGUUUGACCUGAAGAGAACAGCUCAGUGUGUGAAGAGAUGGGGAGAAGUAGCAGGCAGACAGCUCACAGUAGUUGAAGCUCCUGGAUGGUGGUUGAAUGAAAACCUCGAAGACACAACUCAGCUCACUAAACAGGAUAUUGCACUUAGUGUGUCUCUGUGUCCACCAGGACCUCAUGUCUUCCUACUGACUGUAGUUGUAGGUGAUGAUGUUACACCGGACGACAUAAAGAACAUGGUGGAACAUGUUGAUUAUCUAGGUGAGGGAGUGUGGAGUCACACCAUGGUGCUGUUUACCGGUGGAGACUGGCUGGGAGACACACCCAUUGAGCUGCACAUAGAGAGUGAAGGGGCCCUGCAGUCUCUAGUAGAGAAAUGUGGGAACAGAUAUUAUGUCCUCAACAACAUGGACAAAGGUGAUAGAACACAGAUCACAGAGCUGCUGGAGAAGAUGGAGGAGAUUAUCUGUGGAAAUGGGGGCCGUCACUAUGAGAUGGACAGGAAGAGACUGGAGGAAGUGAUGAAGAGGAGAGAGGAAGAUGAAGAGCGAGCCACUGCAAGACAGAUGAAGGUGGAGGAGCAAAGGCAGCAUUUACAGUCUCUGAUGCGACAACUACCGGCUCAACUAGAGUUCAGAAUUGUGCUGCUGGGAUACAGGCGGUCUGGAAAAAGUUCAUCAGGAAACACCAUCCUGGGCCGAGAGGAGUUUGACCUGAAGAGAACAGCUCAGUGUGUGAAGAGGCAGGGAGAAGUAGCAGGCAGACAGCUCACUGUAGUUGACGCUCCUGGAUGGUGGGCGAAUAAAAACCUGAAAGGCACCUCUGAGCUCACUAAACAGGAGAUUGUGCUCAGUGUGUCUCUGUGUCCUCCAGGACCCCACAUCUUCCUACUGCAUGUAGAUGUAGCUGAUGAUGUAACACCAGAAUACAUAGAGAACAUGGUGGAACAUGUUAAUCAUCUAGGUGAGGGAACGUUGAGUCACACCAUGGUGCUGUUUACCAGUGGAGACUGGCUGGGGAACACACCCAUUGAGCUGUACAUAGAGAGUGAAGUGGCCCUGCAGUCUCUAGUAGAGAAAUAUGGGAACAGAUAUCAUGUCCUCAACAACAUGGACAAAGGUGACAGAACACAGAUCACAGAGCUGCUGGAGAAGAUGGAGGAGAUUAUCUGUGGAAAUGGGGGCCGUCACUAUGAGAUGGACAGGAAGAGACUGGAGGAAGUGAUGAAGAGGAGAGAGGAAGAUGAAGAGCGAGCCACUGCAAGACUGAUGAAGGUGGAGGAGCAAAGGCAGCAUUUACAGUCACUGAAGGGACAACUGCCUCAACUAGAGUACAGAAUUGUGCUGCUGGGAUACAGGCUGUCUGGAAAAAGUUCAUCAGGAAACACCAUCCUGGGCAGAGAGGAGUUUGACCCGAAGAGAACAGCUCAGUGUGUGAAGAGGCAGGGGGAAGUAGCAGGCAGACAGCUCACUGUAGUUGAAGCUCCUGGAUGGUGGAAGAAUAAAAACCUCAAAGAUACCCCUAAACUCACUAGACAGGAGAUCACUCUUAGUGUCACUCUGUGUCCUCCAGGACCCCACAUCUUCCUGUUGCAUGUAUAUGUAACUCAUGCGUUAACACCGGAAGACAUAGAGAACAUGGUGGAACAUGUUAAUCAUCUAGGUGAGGGAGUGUGGAGUCACACCAUGGUGCUGUUUACCUAUGGAGACUGGCUGGGAGGCACAUCCAUUGAGCUGUACAUAGAGAGUGAAGGGACCCUGCAUUCUCUAGUAGAGAAAUGUGGGAACAGAUAUCAUGUCCUCAACAACAUGGACAAUGGUAACAGGAAACAGAUCACAGAGCUGCUAGAAAAGAUGGAGGAGAUUAUCUGUGGAAACGGGGGCCGUCACUAUGAGAUGGACAGCAAGAGACUGGAGGAAGUGAUGAAGAGGAGAGAGGAAGAUGAGGAGCGAGCCACUGCAAGACAGAAGAAGGUGGAGGAGCAAAGGGAGCAUUUACAGUCUCUGAAGGGACAACUACAGCCUCAAGUAGAGUUCAGAAUUGUGCUGCUGGGAUACAGACAGUCUGGGAAAAGUUCAUCAGGAAACGCCAUCCUGGGCAGAGAGGAGUUUGACCUGAAGAGAACAGCUCAGUGUGUGAAGAGACAGGGAGAAGUAGUAGGCAGUCAGCUCACUGUAGUUGAAGCUCCUGGAUGGUGGAGUAAUAUAAACCUGAAAGGCACCUCUGAGCUCACUAAACAGGAGAUUGUGCUCAGUGUCUCUCUGUGUCCUCCAGGACCCCACAUCUUCCUACUGCAUGUAAAUGUAACUCAUUCUUUAACACCGGAAGACAUAGAGAACAUGGUGGAACAUGUUGACCAUCUAGGUGAGGGAGUGUGGAAUCACACCAUGGUGCUGUUUACCGGUGAGGGAGUGUGGAGUCACACCAUGGUGCUGUUUACCUAUGGAGACUGGCUGGGAGGCACAUCCAUUGAGCUGUACAUAGAGAGUGAAGGGACCCUGCAUUCUCUAGUAGAGAAAUGUGGGAACAGAUAUCAUGUCCUCAACAACAUGGACAAUGGUAACAGGAAACAGAUCACAGAGCUGCUAGAAAAGAUGGAGGAGAUUAUCUGUGGAAACGGGGGCCGUCACUAUGAGAUGGACAGCAAGAGACUGGAGGAAGUGAUGAAGAGGAGAGAGGAAGAUGAGGAGCGAGCCACUGCAAGACGGAUGAAGGUGGAGGAGCAAAGGGAGCAUUUACAGUCACUGAAGGGGCAACUGUUGCCUCAAGAAGAGAUCAGAUUUGUGCUGCUGGGAUACAAAAAGUCUGGGAAAAGUUCAUCAGGAAACACCAUCCUGGGCAGAGAGGAGUUUGACUGGAAGAGAACAGCUCAGUGUGUGAAGAGACAGGGAGAAGACCCCACAUCUUCCUACUGCAUGUAA